CUUGUAAUUAAUUAUUCCCUCUCUCAACGUUACGACAGAUCGUUCAGGCAUAGAAGAGUAAGAAACUUCAGCUUCGAGCCACCGGAAGAAGAACCGAAUCGAAUCGAAUCACGUUCUCAUCUUGUCGGCAUUUGAGAAGCUGCAAGCCCAACUUUAUCCUUUUGGAUUCUCGUUGUUUCCCAACUGGAAUUCUCUUUCCAACAACUGCUUUCUCUGCCGUUUUGUAAAAUGGAGGUUCUGUACUCAAAGCUCUAUGAUAAGUACAUCAAACUCAAGACUAAGAAACUCUCUGAGUUGGAUCAGCUAAAUAAAGAACAAGAAGAUAAAUUUAUGAAUUAUUUGUCUGCUGCAGAAGAGUUGAUAGAGCACUUGAAGAGUGAAAAUGACCAGCUGCAUGAAAAAGUCAAUGACCUGAUAAGUGAAGUGGCUUCGGUUAGGCUUGCCAAAGACAAACAAGUGGCCGAAUAUCAGAGGCUUUUAAUGGAGGAAAGCAAGAAAAAUGAAGCUCUUUCUGAAGAAGUUGAGAAGUUGCAAAAGCUGCAGCAGGAAGGAACUUCUGGUGAUUUAAAUAAUAACAGUAAGGUCAUUGCCGAAGAUGAUCAGUUUAAGGCUAUCUCCAAUAGCUCGUCUAGAAGAAUGAUGAGAAAACGUAGUAGGAAGGAUGCAUUGGAAGAAGAAGCAAGGUUUAUAUCUCGUGAAAACGUUGAAGGUAAUUCCCUGGAGAGAGAGUCAACACAAAACUUUUGCAAGGAGCCGCUGGAGUGCUGUACUAGGACAAAUGAUCAAUCAGGCGUUGAUUUACAGGAAAGUGGCAAUUGUUACUGGCUUAUUCAAGCUCUAUUUGAGUAUGCACUGGGCAUGAAAUUAUCCACUGACUAUCAAACUGGACGAAUAUGCCUCUCUGCACUGCAUCAAUCAAGCGGCUACUCCUUCAAUUUAACGUGGAUUAGCAAAGCACCUGGAGAGGAAGCAGAGCUACUGUACCAUGUUCUAUCUCUAGGCACAUUUGAAAGAGUAGCUCCAGAAUGGAUGAGGGAGGACAUCAUGUUCAGCCCAACCAUGUGCCCCAUCUUCUUUGAAAGGGUAUCUCAUGUAAUCAAAUUGAACCACUAAGUUUCUGUUUUCAAUUCCAUUGGUUCUCCCUAUCCUUUGAAUACGACUUUGCUGUUCAUAUCUCCAGUUUAAUUAUUGUUUGGAGAACAUUUGAGACUAAAUGAAGU